CCAGCAUUCAAAUAUGUUUUACAGCUGGACUGUGAUGAAAAAAUAACAAACAUUUUUUGGGCUGAUGCUAAGAUGAUAAUUGAUUAUGCUCAUUUUGGUGAUGUCACGACCUUUGACACCACUUUUGGAACAAAUAAGGAACAUCGGCCAUUGGGUGUGUUCGUUGGAUUCAACCAUUUUAGAGAAACUGUUAUCUUUGGUGCUUCUCUCCUGUAUGAUGAUACAUUUGAAUCUUUUAAAUGGUUGUUUGAUUCUUUCUUAUUAGCACACAGUGAGAAGCAUCCUAGAACCAUAUAUACUGAUCAAGACUGUGCAAUGGGAAAGGCAGUUGGGUAUGUUUUUCCGGAAACACGCCACGGAUUAUGUACUUUCCACAUUAUGCAAAAUGCGGUCAAACAUUUAUCUAGUUAUAUGGACAAAGAAUCAACUCUUCUUGCAGAUUUCAGUGCUUGCAUGUAUCAACAUGUGCACCAAGAAGAAUUUGAGGAAGCAUUUGAAAAUAUGAGGGCUCAAGUGCCAACACAAACUUGGUUCGAUAGCAUUUACAAAGUAAAAGAGAAGUGGGCAGAAUAUUUCAUGAAAAAUGCAUUUACCUUGGGUAUGCGGAGCACGCAGCUAAGUGAGAGUCUCAACAAUGACUUAAAGCAUCAUCUGAAAUCAGAUUUAGACAUUGCCCGGUUCUUUCAGCACUUCGAAAGAGCUAUCAAAGUAAAAAAGAGAUGUUGAGGUCAAUUCAGAGUUUGAUUCCAGGAAGUACUUACCAAGAAUCAAAAUGAAGACCCCAAUGUUGAUGCAAGUCGGCCCACUUUAUACUCCUGCUAUAUUUGAUUUUUUGCAAAAGGAAUACCAGAGAUCUAUAUCAGCAUGCGCCGAAGCACUAGAUGGACAAUACAAAUACAUGGUUAAAAUUGGAUAUCCUUUUGAGCAUCCAAUAUUUGAAGAAGAAUGGGAAGUUACUGGUAACCCCGUGAAACAAACAUCAUCAUGCAGUUGUGGUCAGUUUGAUAGACUAGGAAUAUUGUGUGCGCAUGCUUUAAAAGUUCUUGACUUGAUGAACAUUAAGUUGCUUCCAUCACGCUAUAUUUUGAAGCGAUGGACUCGAGAAGCACGAGCAGGAUCUGUUAAGGAUAGUCAUGGAAGGAUUGUGAUUGCAGAUCCAAAUAUAGAGGCAGUUCUCCGCCACAAUGGCCUAUCGCACAAAUUUAAUAACUUGGCAACUGAAGCAUCACAUUCUGAAGAAUGUUGUAUUUUGAUCGACAAUACACUUGAUAACCUUAGUAAGGAAGUGAAACGACAGUUGUUGAAUGUAGAAGUGCCUUCGCCAGCAUCAGACGAUUUGUUGAAUGCCAAAGUGACUCCUCCAGCAACAACUGAUUUGUUGGCUGCUGCGUGCCUAAAAAAGAAGGAAGUCAACAAGGCAGACAAAAAUUCGAAAAGACGGAAAGAUUGGACUGAAAGACAGUACAAAAGAAAGAAGAUAGGACCAGCCACAACUACCACACCACCCUUAUCCAAGAUAACAAAGCGGAAAAAAUCAGAGUUCAAGACAAAAGAAAAUCAUUCAACGGUGCAAACUCUGAAUGAGGAAGACUUGCGAGGAUAUGAGCACAUUACAAACUUCACUGAACUACUGAAUAUGCAUAUAUCCUAAGGAUAUAUUCUAAUCAUGAUGCUUUGGAGAACAUCAGAAUCAUUAUUUUGUUGAACUUCUGUAGACCUUCAAUUGUUGAACUUUUGUAGACCUUCAAGUUGCACGGGAAAUAUGAA